GGAGAAGAGGUGGAAGACGCGGUCACCAGAGCUGCAACACCUCACACACGUCAACUCCGCCGCCGGGAGUCGCCGAUACCGCCAACAGGCGCCCACAGUCUCGCCGCGUCCAGACGCGCUGAGUCCCCGUGCCCGUGUUGGCUUCGUUGAUGGGUGUUCCUUACCUGGGGCUUGCACUCGGACUGACGAAGUCACCGCCUUACGAGGGUCCUCAUUGAGGCUAUUCAUUAUAGCUCGAACUGCCAAUAUAUCACCCGAUGUCAACGAGACAGGAUUCUCGUCGAUUGAAGGAUAAUAUUACGAGACGCGGCAGGAUGAGUAUGCUCUACAAGGUGGCCAAUUUGCUCGACAGUAUCGGGGUACAUAGAAGCACUGAGGUGUAUCAAGCAAGGCGUACACUGGCCUCAAAUGUGUCGAUAUAGCGUUCAAAAGCGAUUCUCGAGUGAUGUCAGCUCAACGAUGCGUGGCGGAACAUAGAUGUCUGAUGGACACAAGAUGAUACUCAGGACAGUCGGCAGUGGCAGCGGUGAGUGAAAGACUG